UGUGAUUCGCACUAUAUUGAAAAAAGUUAGAAUUUUCCGGGUUCCCUUGUUCUUCUUUUAAGCGCAUCUUGCUUCAUAUAAAUUCUCAUUUACCGACCGUGCUAGCAGAAUUCUAAAUUCAAUGUUGGCUUAGCCAUAAGGCGCCGGAAAAUCUAGCUAUAUACAGCAUUCCAGCCGCCACCCGGUCCCCAAGAAAAGAAUUGAACCUAAAUCAAUUGACAAGGUCGUACAGCAGUCUAACAUUCGAAAAGAGCGUUCCACCAACCACGAAAUACUAGGCCUGUUCAAAUAUUGAUAUACUAGUCAAAUAUUAUUGAUCUUGCCCUAGAGUGGCUAUGCCCACGGCGAUGGAUGUCGAAAAUCAAAAAUCGACGACUCGUCGAAUACGCGCAGCCAACGCAAUCACAGCGAUUCGACGGCAUACAAACUCAUCAACCUCAGUUCAAACCCCAUUCGCUGGCCGUAUAGGAGCAAAUCAAGAGUUCACUGUUGAUAAGGAUGAUUCGGAGUAUGCCGAGCUGUUAAAAAAUGUCCCCGAUGCGGCGUCGUCGCUCUCAUGGAGCGAUUCAUUCUCGUUAAUACAAUUCUUACAGCUUAAUUUAUGGAAAAGUGCAGUUAUAGAAGCUAUGGGGACUUGCCUUCUAGUAUAUAUCAGCUGCUUCAUGGCCAUCGGCUUGUCAGGUGUAGUGAAGGACUUUUCAUCCGGACCUUUCGUGCCGAGUUUAGUAGCAGGUUUUGCGAAUUGGAUCCUUCUUUCACUAUUCAUCUUUUCGACUGGACCUUUGUCAGGCGGUCAUUUAAAUCCUAUGAUUACAAUGGCAACUUUUUUCGCUAGGCUCUCCACCUUUCCCAGAAGUGUCUUGUACAUCGGUUUUCAACUACUUGGGGCGUCCGUUGCAGGUUUCCUUUUGAGGGCAAGUUUGAAUAGCAGAUCUUUCUUUGUUCCAGGCUGCAACUUUGAUCCAAAUGUUAUACCUAUUGGCAGUGCCUUUACAAUCGAGUGCACUGUUGACUUUCUAGCUGUUUUUCUGGCGUUUGGCAUUGGCUUAGACCCACGACAGAAAGCUGUGUAUGGCCCUUCACUCGGGCCCAUCCUUGUCGGACUGAUCCUUGGCAUAUCGAGCUUCGCGACAGGUUUUACUGUGACUGGGUAUAGCGGUUACUCUGGAAACCCUGCUAGGUGUUUUGGGGCUAUGGUUGGCACACACUUCUACUCAUAUCAUUGGGUACAUUGGAUAGCGCCCCUGACAGCUUCAAUCAUACAUGGCAUCAUAUAUUGGGCGGUUCCACCUCGACCAUACCACAGCGUCGUAACUAGAACAGCAACCUGAAGGAUCAUACCCUGAACGAAUAUUUUCAGAGUGAUGCGCCAUUACAGCACAAUCUCACUGUUCUUAAUGAACUAAAUAUCUGUGCAUUUCAAUGUAGCUUCUUAGACUAUUUACCAAGUCUUCUUUUACAUGUACGUAGCCUGGCAGCAGGUCAAGGUUGCUGUUCUUAAAAUACACUUGAUCAUAGGAAAACAUU